UUACCCCUAUCUUGAUGAGGAAACUGCGGUACAGAGAGGGUAAGUAAUUUACCUAAGAUCACACAGCUGGUGCCAGGGAGGGGGUUAAGGUGCCCUCGGGAUUCAGAUCCGCCGGGGCUGUCUGGCUCAUGUCUAUGCUCUUAACACAGCUGCCUCUGUGUUGGGGUCAGGGUUCCUGAGCAGUUUGGGCUGGCCUGAGCUGGAAGUGGGGAAGAGAAAAAGAGUGCGCCCUGAGUGUUCUUCCCUCCCGACUGAGUCUUCCACCGCCUGCCAGAAAGGUGGGCGCCGCUGUAACCCUGGUCCCUGGGAAGGCAGCAGAGAGGUGCUGAGAUCUGUCAGUCGUGCUGCCGGGACAGAGCCCUGGUCCUCAGUCCCCAGCCCUGCACACGCGGCCUCUGAAGCAAGGUGGGAGAAGGUAUGUGAGACCCACCUGCACGUGGGCCUGGGAGAGAGGUGGGGAAGCUGAAAUAAAGUGAGACCUGGGAGUCUGCCCACAGUGCUCUUCCCAGUCCCCAGAGGACAGCUUCCACGCUGGGGGCAAGUCUACUCUAUGUCAGACUCUGGUCCGGGCAUUUUCACAUUCAGCAAUUCUGAGUUCACGGACAGGCUAAUUGGCCAGGGUCGCUCAGGCAGUUAACUGGGGGAACUAGGGUUUGAACCCACGCAGUCUGGCCAUGGCGGAGCUGCCCGGAGGGGUGGUGAAGAGCCCAGGGUAACACAGUCGCAGCCCCAGAGCUAGGAGCCACUGGCUCCCUUCCCGGCCUGAGGAAAAGCAAGGACACCUGACUCUUAGCCAACCGGGGGCGGAGCAGAGGUGGAGCUAGGGAGACCCAGGUGGCCUCUCUGAAAAGCGGAGCACGGGCGGCAGAGUGGCCUGGAGCAGCAUGCAGCCGAGCUGGGGACCAGGGCUGCUCAUCCUGGGAGCAGCGGUCCUCGUCGAGGGUCUUCAAGCAGCUCAGCACGUAUGUGGGCAGCGUGGCCCUGGCCCCCCUGAGCCUCAGGAGGGCAUCACAGUACCUGGCGAGUGGCCAUGGCAAGCGAGUGUGAGGAGGCAGGGGGUCCACAUCUGCAGUGGAUCCCUGGUGGCGGACACCUGGGUCCUCACUGCUGCUCACUGCUUUGAAAAGGCAGCAAUGACAGAACUGAACUCCUGGUCAGUUGUCCUGGGUUCUCUGCAACAUGAGGGGCUGAGCCCAGGGGCCGAGGAGGUGGGGGUGACGGCUCUGCAGCUGCCAAGGGCCUAUAACCACUACAGCCAGGGCUCAGACCUGGCCCUGCUACGACUUGCCCACCCCGUGGCCCACGCACCCCUCUGCUUGCCCCAACCUACCCAUCGCUUUCCUUUUGGGACCUCCUGCUGGGCCACUGGCUGGGAUCAGGACACCAAUAGUGCUCCCAGGGCUCUGCGGAAUCUGCGCCUGCGUCUAAUCAGCCGCCCCACGUGUAACUGCCUCUACGACCGGCUGCACCAGCGGCUGCUGGCUAGCCCAGCUCGGCCGGGGAUGCUGUGUGGGGGCGCCCAGCCUGGGGUGCAGGGGCCCUGUCAGGGGGAUUCUGGGGGCCCUGUGCUGUGCCGUGAGCCUGACGGACACUGGGUUCAGGCUGGGAUCAUCAGCUUUGCAUCAAGCUGUGCCCAAGAAGACACCCCUGUGCUGCUGACCAGCACGGCUGCUCACAGCUCCUGGCUGCAGGCUCGAGCUCAGGGGGCGGCCUUCCUGUCCCAGAACCCGGGGACGCCGGAGAUCAGUGACGAGGACAGCUGUGUAGCCUGUGGAUCCUUGAGGAGAGAAGGUCCCCAGGCAGGAGCCCCCUCCCCAUGGCCCUGGGAUGCCAGGCUGAAGCACCAGGGGAAGCUGGCCUGUGGUGGAGCCCUGGUGUCAGAGGAGGUCGUGCUGACUGCUGCCCACUGCUUCAUCGGGCGCCAGACCCCAGAGGAAUGGAGCAUUGGGCUGGGGGCCGGACCAGAGGAGCGGGGCCUGAAGCAAAUCGUCCUGCAUGGGGCUUACACCCACCCAGAGGGGGGCUACGAUGUGGCCCUCCUGUUGCUGGCCCAACCCGUGACACUAGGCCCCAGCCUUCGGCCGCUCUGCCUGCCCUAUUCUGACCACCAUCUGCCCGAUGGGGAACGUGGCUGGGUCCUGGGGCUGCCCCGUCAAGGAGCAGGCGCCAGCUCCCCUCAGACAGUGCCUGUGACCCUCUUGGGACCCAGGGCCUGCAGCCGGCUGCAUGCAACUCUUGGGAGCGACAGCGUCCCCAUUCUGCCAGGGAUGGUGUGUUCCAGUGUUGUGGGUGAGCCGCCCCACUGUGAGGCAAACCAGCUGGCUGUUGACAGGUGGCUCUGGGACGCUGCAGACACAGUGAGACAAAUCCUGCGUCACUGCCCCUGCCCCUCUCCCAUCCUCACCCCCCACCCCCACCCUCCGUGAUCCCAGGCACUGGGACGGGCCCAACAGCCCAGCGGGCUCUGGGAAGGAGCCUGUCUGGACCGGCGGCUGCCCUUACUCCUCACCCUGCAGGACAGGGAGAUGUCGCCUGUGGAUGCUCCCCCACACCGAGCUCUGCUGUGCAACACAGGCGUCCCCAGCCUUCCCUAUUCUUCAUCCCCUCAGAUAUGAUCACACCAGCCACUUACUUUGAAAAUUCGUCUGUUUGUUUUUUUUAGGGGGUGGGGGAGCAAUUU